UGAAGCAAAUGGUCACUAAGUUAGCCAGUGAACGUUAGCUUCUCUUCCAGCCCCAAAUCACACUUUUUAUUCCUCUGACACCACGCGGAAGUGGUCGUAGACUUUAUUUUUUUUUAAACCACGGCUAAAUAAAGCCUCAGGUUGCUGUGUGACAGCGACAGUGGGUCUUUGCUGAGGAAUUUUCAGAUGUCUGGACCAGGUCUUGCUUCAAGUGCACUCAGGUGCAUGGAGCUCUUUUGACCCAGACUGUGCAAAUGCAUGGACACCACUUCCAAGUCACACUGCAGCAAACAUAUUCACAGACAUAUUCAAGUUACUUCUGCAGCCGCUGGACCUCAUAGCACACUUAUCACGCCCACCUUCCACCUCCUCUGCUCUUCCCCGCUCCUCCCCUUCACAUACCUACGGAGCUGUGCAGAGGUUUUCAGCUCUUCUGGAGUUUUUUGAACUUGAGGAGGGCAGCAGUGAGGAGCACCGCCCCGCUCCAGCUGAGCUCCUGAAGCACGCUGCCUGGCCACACAUCAGCAUGAUGGCCACAGGAUUAAAUAUUCUAUUUUUUGGACGUAUUUAUCUCACAAUCAUGGUGAUUUCAGCCUCCUCCUCCAUCAGACUCCUGCUUGCCGAGUAGCCUUCCAGGAUAUCUUCUUAUGCAGUGAGUAAUCAAGAUGAAAAUCAUUCACCUUGUGUUAACUUAUUCUCGCAAAUCUCUGUUUGCAUUUGUCGGAAAAUAGUUGCAAUAAGUCAUACACGCUACUGUACGGCCACGACCUCUUAACCAGGCUAAAAUGGGAGGUGAAGCAGAGGAGAAAGAGGCUGCUGGGCUUUUAGAGAGCAGGACACCAGUGGAAGAAGCAGAGGACAGUGAGAGUGAGAAGGAGGCGGAGGUGGAUGGCAGAGGAGUGAGGAUCCCUCUGCAUCGGUGGGUGAUGCAUGGAGCCGUAAUGUUUGGGCGAGAGUUUUGCUACGCCAUGGAAACGGCCCUGGUGACGCCUGUGCUGCUGCAGAUAGGUCUUCCUGAGCAGUAUUACAGUUUAACCUGGUUCCUCAGUCCCAUCCUGGGUCUCCUCUUCACUCCUCUGAUUGGCUCAGCCAGCGAUCGCUGCACUCUGCGGUGGGGCCGAAGACGACCGUUCAUUCUGGCUCUUUGUGUAGGCGUGCUGCUGGGGGUGGCGCUGUUUUUAAAUGGAUCAGUAAUAGGCCUCUCCAUCGGCGACAGCCCCAACAGGCAGCCAAUAGGCAUCAUUCUUACUGUAGUGGGUGUGGUGGUGCUGGACUUCUGUGCUGACGCCUCUGAGGGACCAAUCAGGGCGUACCUACUGGAUGUUGCUGACACUGAGGAGCAGGAUAUGGCCCUGAACAUUCAUGCCUUCUCUGCAGGACUCGGUGGAGCAGUUGGAUACAUGCUGGGUGGUCUGGACUGGACCGGCUCGGCUCUGGGCCAAGCAUUCAAAUCUCAGGAGCAGGUCCUCUUCCUCUUCGCGGGCAUCAUCUUCAUCAUCUCCGUCACACUGCACAUGCUCAGUAUCCCCGAGCAACCGUUCACUCCAUCCAGCCUGCUGAAAGACACAGGAAGUGGUGAAUUUACCAGCCAGCUGUCUUUGAGUCCAGUUGACCAAACGCCACCUUUCCUGGAUGUGAUCGCCGAGGAGGACACUUCUGCUCAGCUGGACAAAGAGGCAGAUCCAGAGGAAGGAGAUAUGGAUUUCCUCACUGUGGAGCGAGUGCGGAGUAAAAGUGAUUCAGUCUUAGCGAUGCCAGACGCUACGAUUACGCUGGACCCUGACCUCCACCCGGACACACAACUUUUCUUGCCAGAAACGCAGGAAGAGUUAGAGGAUGCUUUCAAGCCAUCCGACCAGAGUGUUGAAUCCUCCCCUCCUCCUGAUGGACCACCUGCUCUUUAUGAUGGGACAGUGGUCUUAGAGGACAUAAAUCCAGAUUUUCCUGAACUUAAACAUCAAACAAACGGUCAGCUUCAGAUCGGCUCUGAAUCAGAGGACUCACAUCUGAAACAGGUCAAGGCUGCCUACGGUGCCAGUUCUCGCCUGUCUUCUUCUGACCAGCCCGGUGUAAUUAAAAGUCACGUCCCCUACAAGCUGGCGAGCCGAACCUCCAACCCUUCAGUUUCAUCAAGACACUCACACACCUUCUACAGACAGCCCUCCUUUACGUUUUCAUACUACGGUCGAGUGGGAUCUCAGCGAUAUCGGCUGCGACGUACGGGACUUCACAGCCCUUGGCCGAUCACCGCCUCCCGCAGUCUGGAUGAUCUGAGCGGCAUCCUGCUGCGAACAGACAGACGACAGUUGCAGCUGUCAGCCAGCAGUCUGUCAUCUGAGGCCUCCAGCGCUGCAGACAGGGGGACGACUGUGAGGCUGCUUUGGCUGUCCAUGCUGAAGAUGCCGCGGCAGCUCUGGAGAUUAUGUGUGUGUCACCUCCUCACAUGGUUCUCCAUCAUAGCUGAAGCUGUGUUUUACACUGAUUUCAUGGGGCAGGUCAUUUUCAACGGAGACCCCACGGCGCCAACAAAUUCCACAGAGCUGCAGAAUUAUCACAAAGGAGUUCAGAUGGGCUGCUGGGGGCUGGUGGUCUACGCUGCUACCGCUGCUGUCGGCUCUGCCAUCCUUCAGAAGUAUCUGGAUAAUUUCGAUCUGAGCAUUAAGGUCAUCUACAUCGUUGGAACUCUGGGAUUCUCAGUAGGGACUGCAGUCAUGGCAAUCUUCCCUAAUGUUUAUGUUGCCAUGGUGAUGAUCAGCACUAUGGGCGUCAUCUCUAUGAGCAUGUCCUACUGUCCCUAUGCAUUACUGGGACAGUACCAUGAAAUCAAAGAGUACAUUAACCACAGUCCAGAAAACACUCGCAGAGGUUUUGGUAUUGACUGCGCUAUCUUAUCGUGCCAGGUUUAUAUCAGCCAGAUUCUGGUUGCCUCGGCUCUUGGAUCUGUGGUCGAUGCAGUCGGCAGCGUACGUGUCAUUCCAAUCGUGGCCUCUGGGGGCUCCUUCCUCGGCUUCCUUACCGCCUGUUUCCUCGUCAUUUAUCCAGAUGUGGAGCCCAGCAGCAGCUCAGAGCAGGACCAGGACUUGGUGGAUUUACCUGGAGAGGAGGACCGGACCGGAGAAAGGACUAGUGACCAGAGACUGGCUCUGCUGAACCUCACAGACAGGGGUGGCUUGCAGAGGACAGAGAAUCAAUCUGUUGUCUGUAAUUAAACAAAGACAGCAUAUUAAAAAAAAUGAUCAUUGAUUUGUGAGCUUCUGUUUUGAAGCCUCAAAUUUGGCAAUUUGCCGUCGCCAUCAUGCUCUUAACAAGUAAUGGAUGAAUCUGACUGAGAACUCGAGGCCUACUCAAAUUUAUUGUAUAUUUUCCGCUAAAUGGGACCAUAAUUUAUAAAAUGAAAAUCAUGCUGUUUUCAAACAGUCUUGAAAUUAGCAAUUGAGUCUAUAAAUUCUUUGGAAAAAUGUUUACUGAGGUAACAAAUCGAGUGACAAGUAAGCUAAUUUUCUCGGUACAAUCAGGCUUCUUUUUGCAACCAGAGGAGUCGCCCCCUGCUGGCUGAAUGCAGGUUGAAGGCACGGACUUCACUUUGCAGAGCUAUGGUGUGCAUCUAUAAUUCAGAUACAAUCUUUCCCGUUAACAUAAAAACAAUAGUAAGCAAAAACCUCCAGCACACAUGUACAGAUCUGAUGGUUUGUCACAGUUCUGAUGGAGCAAAGAGGGAAAAUAUGGUAGAAAAUUGGUGUCCGGUCGUUUUUGGGCUGUUCUGCUUGUCCUAUUGCUACCUCAUCUCUAAUUUAAAUAGAUGUUUAGAUAGUUAUAUAUCUAGAAGUAAGCCAAUAAAACACAAAAAGUCACAUGACAGUUAUCAGAUUGAAGAGGAAAAUCCACAGUCCCAAAGUCUAAUGAAAGCAUCUGUUUGUAGAAGGCGCAAAAGUUAAAACAAAAGCCUUUAUCCAGGUGACAGCUUCAUAAUGAGACUCUAAAAACAUACACAGCACUUAUUCAUGUUAAAAUAAAGUUGGGAUAUAAUCCAUAUGUAGCGGCACAAACUGCCUUCUUCAAGGUUUAAUCCUCAGUGUACAGAAUUCUGCUUUAGUGGAGGCAGGAUGAUCGCAAACACCUGGAAACAAGAAAACUUCCAAGUGAAAAAUGUACAGUAUGACCACUAGACGGCUCUACAGAAUGCAAAAAAAUAGAAAAGCUAUAGUAGUAAUAAUAGAAAGUAUAGAAUAUUUAACUAUUAACAGCAUCAGAUGCAAAAAAAGAGACUGAAAUCAAUGUAUUUAUUUCAUCCGGGAUGUAUAAAGUGUUUCUCUCCGCAAAAAUAAUUUCAGACAAUCGCUGCCCUGACUACUCUUUUUACUAUUAUCUAAACAUUCAACCAUGAGGCUAUAUAUUGUGUAGUCAUUAUAUAGUAAGUGACCUAGUUCAAACUACUGAUGCAAACAAAGCCUUUAUUUAAACAUAAAUGGAACCACACAGAGCACUUUUCUUUCACACUGACAAUCAUUUUGCUGUAAAAGUGUUACCUCUGCAUUCCUUAUAGGCUGAAUACAUGUAAAUAUUUCCAGAUUCCCAAAGGGAUGCCUUGACUUUGUAUUUUUAUAUUUAAAAUACCAGGAAAUGCCAAAAUUACCAGCAAAGCCUUUUUUAGUUCAUUGUAAACUGAUAGAAAACAUUUUUAUGACAUUGAAACCUGUUACAUAACAAGCUCAUGUGCAGUUAGAAGUGUACUUUGGGAUUUUAUUCCUUGUCUGUAUGAAAUCAGUACAAUACUGAAUGCCAAAUUCUUCUUUUAUGAUACACAGUAGAACAUUUCUAAGAUACUGUAGGUAAAAACAAAAAGCCAGCACAGUGUAUUUUUGGCACUAAAUUGAUUGAUUUUAUUCAAAUUCUGUCUAAAUGAAGACACAUUUUAAAUUACAAAUGCUGUGAAUUUACACUAUAAAUUGCUUUUCUCAAAUUUUAACUCAAGAUGUUUUGGAAAUUUUCAUUUUAAAUACCUCAUAGUACAUUUGUUGUAUCAAGUUUUCAAAAAAAAAAAAAUCCCGCUCCAUGGCUAGUAAAGGGAUUUGUUUUGUGCUUCGUACUGAAAGCAGAAUGAUUCUGUUGCACAUCUACUUUAUUGUGCCAUUAUUGUGAUCAUUUACUGGCUGUAAAUCUUUGUCCAAUUGUACAGAAACAAUAAGCAAGAUGAUAAUAUCUUCUGCCAGAUUUCAGUUUACCUCAAGAUAACAAACAUGACGGAUAGCAGAGCGUCAGUUAAGUAUUGUUUCAAAAACUGAGCAGCAAGUGAUUUUUUUAGCUCACAUAUUGAGAACUGAUCUUCAGCAGAACUUCAUCAGUUUCGUGAAAGUUAUAAAGUUGGUGUAAAUCCACAGAGCAGCCUUCAGCUCACUUAUAAGACUACCGUAAGUGUUAGUUCCAUGUUUGUGUAGAAUUUUAGUGAUCAAGAUCAUGUAAUAGUGCUUCAGCGGAGGGAAAUUUGACUUUUUUUUGUUUGGUUCUUGGACAAGACUCCAUAGUGCAUCUUAAGGACUCUAAAAGAUCAGAAAUGCUUUGGACAGAGAAGACACCUUUUCAAAGAUUUUAAGGGGAUUUAAAGCAGCAAUUUGUGUUAAACUGGACAUGACAUCUCUGAACACAGUAUUAAGACGAUAACACCACUUACCAGGUGCUUACAGUGCAGUCCUGAUAUACCUUAACAGGCAGUUUCUGAACCAUUCACAUCUCAAGGCAUGUGAGCUGGGGUUGAAAAUAAAUAUCUGGAACUCUACAUCAGUCGCUUAGAACUGAAGAAAACUCUCAGAUGAAGGUUAAACAUAUUCAAGAACUAGAAUGAGAAGUCCAGUUGCCUUCCGCUGAAGCACUCAGGAAGAAAUUGUGGAGUUUUAAUGUUGUACAGUUGAGAUAUUUCCAAAAAAAAACAUAAUGCUGCGUACUGAACGUUAGUUAGAACCAUUUCUAUGCGAGACCAGCAUCUAAUCUGUGCAAAAUGAACCUUCUCAGCCUCCCUAAAGAGCAGUUGAACUCAGAGGAGCUAUUGGCAGAAAUGAAAAGUUUGAUGAAAUGACUUUUAUGGAAUGACUUCUAUUGUCAGUGCACCAUUUAGAGACUUCUUUACUCUGUUUAUGGGUAUUUGUGCAGCGCCAGCAGUAUUUAUUGGGACCUUUUGCACGGUUUCAAGACUUCCACAACCUGUUUUACAACCAAUACAAAGAGAACAUUCCUUGUUUCAUGAAACUUUGGAUCAGAUAGAAGGGAGAGUGAGAAAAUCAACAGAAAAUGAUAGAAAUAAUCGCUACUUUCCCUGUAAAUAAUGCAAAGACUGCUAGUGUAACAUGACGAGUGUAUCUGCUGUUUUUCUUUCUUAGCACUUUUGGCUAAAGGUUUGGGUACAUUGUUUUGUUAGCAAUGUUGCAUCAUGAAAAGUUGCUGUAAAUUACAAUAGAACAUUUUCAAAAACACUUGUUUCAGAGAUGUUUCCGCCUUAUUAAGAAGGUUGUUGAAGCUUUUCUUCUUGAGAAACAUUCCAUUUUAGUGCCAAACUAUUGUGCUGGUGUAGUGAAAAAAUCUUGAUUUUAUCCAGAUGUUUCGAUGAUCAUAUUCUGUGUCUUGGUUUACCUGGUGUAAUAUUUAUUAUUUUUGAUUCUCUUUGCUGCUGUACAGCUUUUUGUAAAAUAACUACAAGGUAUUUUUGUACCAUUUAUUUGAAAAAAAAAAAAGA